UCCUGUCCCACUCUUUUGCCACCCCGACGGACGGUAGCCUGCCAGGCUUCUCUGCCCAUGGGGACUCUCCAGGGCAUGUACAACGCCACCACUCGGCAGGUGGAGGCGGAGCUGCUGCCCUGCCUCCGGCGCUUUGGACUGAGGUUCUACGCCUACAACCCUCUGGCUGGAGGCCUGCUGACCGGCAGGUACAAGUAUGAGGACAAGGACGGGAAACAGCCCGAGGGCCGCUUCUUUGGGAACAGCUGGGCAGAGGUCUACAGGAAUCGGGCCUCUGCAGGGAUGCGGUCAUCCUGGGCACAUCCAGCCUGGAGCAGCUGGAAGAGAACUUGCCGGCCGUCGUGGGGCCUUUGAUCAGGCCUGGCGCCUGGUCGCCCACGACUGUCCCAACUACUUCCACUAUGCCUAGUCUGGGGUGGCAGAGGGCACACUCCUCCUUUCUCUCACGCAGUCGAUUUUGACCUUAGGCUGCUCUGCGUGGCUGGUUCUUCCCUCACAGUCCCGUCUC